AUGAAGACACGUGGUGCAGUAAUGGAAGCCUCAAAUAUCGCAGCAAUCGUAAAAGCGCGACAUCAUGCUCGUGUACUUUGCUCUCCAGGUGGAAAUCCAUUAGGAACCACACAAAAUCAGUUGAUUUCUACUGGAAUAUACGAAUCUUCUGAGACUAGUUGCAAUAUAAAUAACUUUUAUAGUGUGUCUGCAACAAGUGGACAAACAUUAUGUGAUGAUGUAAAGGCUUCCGUAGAAGAUAAAGCACAUAAAAGUCGUUCCGAAAAUGCACGGAGAUUAUUACGCGGAACUUGGUCACCAGACGAUAGACGUUUAUUUUUUCAAGCUGUGAGAUUGUAUGGACGUAACUUCAAUGAAAUUACACGUUUUAUUCGGUCCCGUGGACACCGUACAUCGAUUGAUCAACAAACUGCGUCAUCUAGUAGCAAUAUUGAUCUAACUUUAAACAAUGUACACUCUGCAAACAAUUCAGUCUCUUCAAACGCCUUAUCAUCUGCCCUCAUCCCAUCUAAUGUAAGCGCUCCAUGCCCAAGCAACAUUUCUCAACCUAAUGUCGGAGUGAACACACCCUGUACCACCAGUAAUUCUGAUUUAAAUACACCUUGUGGUGGUCGAACUCGUGAACAGGUUCGUUUCUUUUAUCAACAAACCUGGCAUAAAGUUCGUCGUUACACUAAAUUUCCUGAGGAAGUCCCACAACAUGUUCGAGAAGUAUAUGCAAUUGUCAAUUAUUCUGUGCUUCGUACACGCAUUAAGAAACCAUUGGAUCACCGAUUGGGCGAGAAAUUAAACGAACUAGUUCAUUGUGGUACCACUGUGAUCAAACACAAUGGGCGACGUUUUUUGUUACGUACUCCUGUUUGUCCUGCUUUGAAACAGUUGAAUAACAUCUCUGCACCUACACAUGAAUUCCUACUUCCUGAAGAUGUAUGGAUUGAACUAGUUCCACGGACACAGACAGAUGCUUGGAGAGUAGUAGAGGCAGAGCAAAAUCCCCGUUUACGACUACGAGUUGAUAUUAAUCGUCAACUUUCAGAUGUCAUUUUUCUAGUGGAGAAUAAAUGGCGAUUGGCUGCUGAACGUAUGAGAACAUUGCUUGGUCUCCCAGUGGUUAAUGAGUCCCACGUUCCAUCGGUCAUGCUCAACUUAUGUAGUGAUCAAGCAGUCGAUGGGGCUAUACGUAUUCAAGAAGUGGCACGGAUUCGUUCAGGAGACAUUGGACUUCGUGCCUAUUUAGAUCGAAUGAAUACCAAACCCCCAAAAUCCCAAAUACAAUCAAAUGUUUGCGCCACAGAUAAACAAACUGGCGUUCAAAAUGAUCCCACAGAAUCUCCAAAUUUAGUCAAUUCGAAUUUGUUAACAAACUUGGCAUCGUCAUUAUAUACAUCAGAGUCAGAAUUUACUAGUGGUCUGCCAAUUACUACAUCCACUUCAACUGCUGAGCUAGAUCUGAGAGAUCUUGGGAAACAGUUAUCAGUUGGUAUAACACAUGAGAUGGCACGUGAAAUUAAAGUGGUAACUAUUUAUUUAGCUUUGGGGUGUCCAGAACGUAUACGUUUUGAAUAUCAGUUUUACUGUACUAAAGACAAAGGAACACAGAAACUGUCGAGUUCAUCCUACUCCGACUUACUAAUAUGUCCACCAUUAGAUCCAGAUGGAGAUGGGAUAAGCAACGGUUUGAGGCGUCUUUUACAUUUGAAUGCCAGUGAUUAUUUACUUCAUCGUGAUUGGGUUUCUCGUCAUUCUAUUCGAAGCGAUACAUCACUCCCUAUAUCUUGUCAUUCGUCUCAAGUCACUCCUAAUGUUAACAAUCCUGUUGGUGUCACAAUUACAACUAUUCAAAGUAGCAGUAACACAUCAACAUUAUUAUCAAAAUCAUCAACUGGAAGUCAUUUAUCUCAAAUAUCAUCUGAAUCACCUAUUGUAGUUACAGCUCAACAACCUAUAGUAGUUACUACCACUACCACUAUAUCAUCCAGACAACCGACAAUUAUGAUGUAUUCUCAACCGAAUACUAUACAAGUACUGAUUAAUGGACAACCAUCAUUUUUUCAAUUGAACUCCUCCACUUUAUCAGCUUCAAAUCCAAUUAUUUCUUCAUUAUUAACAACAAAUAGUUUAAUAAGGCCUACUACAGUAGCUACAGUUCAAAGUCCAAAAUUAGUUGUAUUGCAACAACCAGUUAGACAAAAAAUACAACUUCCUAUUGUUGAACGUCAAUUAGACCAUGUACGUCAAGUAACAUCAGCGGUAGCAAUGAGUCAAGGAUCAUAUAUCCCGUUACUACCGAAACAAUCAACUGUACCCAUUCAAACUAGUGUAAAAACAUCAACACCAUUAAUAAGUAAUUUUGUAUUAUCUAGUUCUAUUUCUUCAACAUCCACAAGUACAAUUGAAAGUGAAAAUAAUCCACCUGUUACUUCAUCAUUAAAAUCUUUAAAGGCAUUUAAUGCACGACGUCGAACUAGUAUUGUAUCACAAGUCAAUAAACGUUUAACGGAAAAUUCAAUCUUAGCUAAAGAAUUACAAUCAAAACCAUCAACUUGUACAUCUCUUUCAAGUAAUGCGCCACCAUCUUACAAUAAUACUUCAACAAAUUCUUCAAACUCUACUACAGUUCAAUUACUCCAGUCAAUUGAUCAUCAAACUUUACCAACAAUCAAAGGUGAUGAAGCGUCUGCUAAUAACAAUCCUUCUAAAUCAAUAACACUUUCAACUCCAUCCAAUUCCAAUCAUAAUUUAUGGUCAUCAUCCAUUAAAGUAUUGAAUAAUGAACAACCAGUGGUAACCACGUCAACAUCAAUAGUAUUCAAUGAUCAACAACUACCUCAAGGUCAUAGUAUUUCUUCAUCUAGUCUGUUAUCACCUUCGCCAAAUGCAUCAUCAUUACAAUCGGAUAAUGUCAUGUCAUUUAUUACACUAUCGAAAAAUCCUUCUAAUACAGAUGAUUUAUUGUUAGUUUCAACCGAAACAAAUCAAUCCUCCAUGUCAUCAUCAUACAGUAAUGAUACAUUAGCAUCAUUAUUAAAUACAAUAUGUCCACGUUAUCCUUUAUCUUCUACUAGUCUUGAUAAUCAAAUUAUUGAAUCAUCUCAUCAUCAACCUAUUGAUAAUACAUUAUCUCCAUUAGUAGUUGAAUCAUCCACACCAGAUGUACAUAAAACAUUCUCUUCAUCUACUACAAUUCAUGAUAAACCUGUUUCACUUAAAAUAGAAGAGACUGGUGAAAAAUCAUAUGAUUUUAGAACUAUUGAUUCUGUUUGUAGUAGUAGUAGUUAUCCACCAGGUUCACCACCAAUUGGUGAUAUUUCAUUUACUGAUUCAAUGGCUGCCGCUGUAAUGGAUGUACACCAUAUGGAGUUAGAUCAUUCGGAUGGAGAGCGAAGUACUGACGUUCAAUAUGAUUCAUCAAAUCUUUUAGCAUCGAAUCUUGUUAUUCAACCUGAUAUGUAUUCAUUAGGGCCAUCAUAUGAAGAAUCUCUUGUUGAACACGAAGAUAUUAAAACAAGCACAGAUAUUAGUACGUCUGAAUAUAACUGUAUAACAAAUGUUGAAGUAUUUCUUCGAAUGAAUACGCCACAGUUCGAUCGAAGUUCAAUUAGUCUCAAUUCAACGUUGCAAACUUCAACUACUUCUUCUGAAUAA